GCGGUAGACAGCAUCAUCGUCAGCGACAGCAUUUGAGGAGGUGGUGGUUGAUUUUCGAACGCUGUGGUUACGGACAGACGGACGCAAUGUUGUAAUGUCUGUUGUAUUUCAUUGUUCAAGAAUAGGCUGCUAUGAACGUAAUAUCUGCCAUUCUGUGGACACUAAGCAGCGUGACCGAUGGCUGCAUUGCUGCUGUGUGCUUACUUCUACGCGUCAACGAACUUAUUGGAAGUAUUAUUCUUGGUUCCUGCUUUUAUGCAACGACCGUGCUUCGUUAUUUCGGGAAAUGCUUGUGCCAAGCUUACACAGAACUUACCUUCUUCUGUCAGGACAUCGUCUCGUUUGUCAGUUUCAUCGUAAACGUAACUGACGCACUAGUCCAUGGCAGUGUAGACUGCAUUAUCAAGACUUCAUCUGCACUGGUUCGUUUAGGAGCUUUUCUGAAAACAAGUUUUGUGAACGGAUACUACGGAGUGGUCUCAACAGCAUCUGUAGUUGUGUCGUCAUGCUACAGCUUCCUGGCGCUUCUGCUGAAUUCAGCAGUACUGUUGUUGCAAAUGCUGCCGUACAUUGCAGUUCAGGUUGGGCGUUAUGCGCUCUGCGUUGUAUCUGGGAUCGCAAAGUUCAUUUUGACCUGUGUUAUGGCGGCAGUUGACUCCGUACUGAGUGCGAUCGUCACUACGGCUUGUGUGCUGUCGCAGUUUCUUUUCGGACAGCCGGGAGACGUGUACACCGGAUUAGUAAUCCUGCUCCUGACAGCGGUCAUGUUGAAGAUUGCUGUUCGUGCAAGAGCUCAUCGAACCGUGUGGAGACGUGUCUUGCGUCUUUUCAACACCAUCACAUAUUGGAAGCGGCGGCGGCAGCCCGGUGGAAGGAGGGGAAGUCCAUCGCCUCCUCCAUUUACGAUGACUUUGCGACGAACCACUGCACUACGCAGGGACAGAAUGAAUCGCCUCGAGCAAGAACUUGAACAGGAACGAGAAAAACAGCUCUGUGUUGUCUGCCUAAGUGAGGCACGUUCUGUUAUCCUUAUGCCUUGUCGUCAUUUUGCCCUGUGUACCCAAUGCCUUGGAACACUGUUUCAGCAGCAGCGACAGACAUGUCCGAUGUGUCGACAGACUAUUUAUGAAGCAAUUCCUGUGUAUGCUUGAACAUUUUCAAGAGCUGACUCAUUUCCUUGCAAGUACAAAAAGUUUCACAAAACGGAUUUUUUUUUUUAAUGCAUCAUGCCUUUUUUUGCAUCAUGCCUUUUGUGUGCAUGCAUCAAGGUUUCAGAGCAUGUACACAUUUUGUGCACUGUGGUGCAUACCCCACAAUGUAAAUAGCGAGAGGAACAUUAUCAUGUUUGAUGUAUACAGGCUUCUCAGUUGGCCUUUGUGUGACCAGGAUGCAGUAGAACCAUGUUGUAGAAACUUUGCUCAAGCCAAGCAGGUUGCUCCAGUAUUGAAUAAAACUUUUGUUAAUUAGUUUGGCCAUUAAUGGCAUGAACAUAGCUUAACCAGUAUGGGUCAGCUUUGUUCAUCCAUGCUGGUGAAUUUGGAACCGUGGAAGUAUGCUCUGGUUUCCAUUAAACAUUGCCCAGAAAAAUGCUGUAAUGUAUCAUUUGUCUGUGUCGCUUGGUUAUCAAACUGUCUUUGCUUUUAUGGGUUAUAUUUCUUUUGCUUGUGUUUGCUGUAAUGCGCUUUUUUUUUGUUUUCGUUGUUAACUGCAUUGCGUCCAAUUUUAAAAUAUUUUGGAAUAGAAAGCAUGAAAAUUAAGUGCAUACAGUAAAGUACCAUUUUAACGAACAUCAUUUAAACGAACUAUUCAACUGUACGAACUUCUUUAAAUCCCCCACCGAAGCGCCAUUGUACCCGAUGCAAAUGCCGUUCAGUUUAAUGAAAUUCAGUGCAGUGCGCAUUUCAGUUCUACCAACAUAUUCUGCGGCAUCAUCCUAUGUCUCCCAGGUCAUAUUGAUCACUUCAAGUACAACGCACACUUUUGUAGCAUAUUUUUACGUUGUGAACCGCAAUUCAUAAUCGCGAUACGAAUAAUGCGCCCUAUUUUAACUUUGAACUGAAUAGGCCAAGCUUCCUUGGAUUGGCUACCUAGAUAAGCUCGUAGCCAGCCAAAGCCAUAACCACAGCUACAGCUUUAGCCCUGGAAUCGCAAAGAAAAGACAUUCGCGUGCUGGUUAAUCAUGAGCGCCAUACAAAAGCGCCUGUCUUUUAGACAAAAAAACAGGAUGUUUUGCAUAGGCUUGACUCUGGACAAAAGGAUCAUCAAUGUAAAAAACAUUUCUUGCAGCUGCGCUUGGCACCUGGCUUCUAUCUCAUGCCAGUGUACAAUUUAUGUCAAGAUUUUGAUGGAAGCUUGUCAUAACCUUGAUGAGAAAAGCGAUAAAAAGGAUGCCAACCACAGAAAAAAAUUACACUUUUCGGCUACCCUGACUCUCGUCAGCUCCAAUUGGGUAGCCAAACGUCUUUCUUUCAUUUUCUUGUGUGGGCAGGUUUUUUUUUACUUAUUAUCAGAGUACGUUUGCUAUCACACUUGCUUGCCUGUUUCCAUCGUAGGACUGCACGGUAAUCACUACAAAUAUAAAAAUUAUAAUUAAUAAAAAUUUUCCACUGUUUUCACCAAACUGCCUGUAGGGUUGGUCACGCAGGAUGGUAAACAUUCCACUACAUUUAGAAAAUAGGUACCAUAUAAAGAUUAGUUGUCAUUCCCUUUAAACAAAUGAAGCAUGGAUAAGGAUGUUCGUUGUUGAACUGGGGGACACUUGUUCUCUGGUAUGGUGUGCAAAGUAUUAUUUUGGUGUACAAAGUCCGAGUAUUGCAUUGAAAAUCACUGCCAUUUUACGUAAAUCUAUGUACUGGCCAUGCAAGAGUGCAUAGGCUUCAAUAAAGUGUCUGUCCAGAAAAGUGAGCCCCACUCUUCACGGACAUUGUUCCUGCAGGACUUCACAUACCAAAGCUUUAUAUGUUAAUUGCAGCAAAUUCAUUACUUUUUUUAUACUGUACCUGAAACAAUUUAUUAUGGUGAUGUUUUAUUUGGUCGUCUCCAAAACACUUUGCCCGCCGUGGGGGCUUAGUUGCUUUGGUGUUGCGCUGCUAAACCCAAGAGUGCGGAAUCAAAUCUCGGCCGAAUUUCAAUGGGGGUGAAAUGCAAAAACGCCUGUGUACCGUGCAUUGGGUGCACAUUAAAGAACCCUAGGUGGUCAAAGUUAAUCCAGAGUCCCGCACUACAGCAUGGCUCAUAUACAUAUCAUGGUUUUGGAAUGUAAAAUCCCAGAAUUUAAUUUUUUAAACACCUUGAGCGCAUUGUUUCUUCUUUUCUUUAAAUUAAUUUUGGUAAAGAAAUAUUUCAUGAAUGGUGUCUUCCACCAACUUCCUGUGCAACAUCUACAGGGUGUCCCAGCUAUCACGCAGCACGAUGUUAAAAAAGAGGAACGGUGUUACGCUAAACAAACCUACUAGUGCGUAUUGUUUCCAGUGCAGUGGAGUAGCCUCCAGUAAUUUUUUGGUUACUGAUAUUUAAUUAGCUAAUUGUAAUUAAUUAUCUAACUCGAGAAGUACUGUCCUAAUUGUCAAAGUGUCUAUGAGAAAAUUGUAGAGCAACAUGAAAAACUCCCAAUACAGCUUUCUGUUGCUCAGUACAUGCUACAUAAGUGUUUUUCCGAGCGUGAAAGGAGCCCGCAAAUACACGCAAAGUGCCUCGAGCGACCAGUCGCGCGGCUAUUCUGCGUGUAUUCGCGGGCUUCUUUCACACUCGGAAAAACACUUAUGUAGCACGUACUGAGCAACAGAAAGCUGUAUUGGGAGUUUUUCAUGUCCCCAAUGCACGGUACAUAGGUGUUAUUGCAUUUCACCCCCAUCGAAAUGAUAAUUUUAUUUCAUAGUUUUCACGGUUCAUUAUGUCUGAUCUUGUGUUUGGUCUUUAAUAGGGAAGUAUCUUCUUUUAGUUGGGUCAGGUCUCAAGUGAGGUCUCCUUUAGUUUACUGCUAGCGCACAUCAAAAUUAUGGUGUGCUUGUAGAGGUGGCCUGAACAGGCUGAAAAGGUUUCUACAUUCAAAAUAUUUCUCAAAAGCUUUCUGCAUUCACUUGGUUUGAUUCCCAAAUCAAGUGCACAUACAUUUUGAUUAUUAUUAGGACUGUGUUUUAGGGAAGGUGAGAAGAGCUGUCAAAAUCAUGCACUUGCUUUUUAAUAAUGGGUUAUGCUAUUUAUUAAAGUUUUUUUACUGCUUAUCACUGUGGUUACAACGAAAAUUAUGGUGUGUGAGGAGAGUCAGCGUAAGGCAAACUGCCAUAGUGAAGUCUGUAUCAAGUGGCAUGUGUAUGUGUGCAGACCAGAAAUUUUUGUUGAAAAGUUGUGUAAAAAGACUUUGUGCUAACUU